GUAACAAGUAUCUUGCAUUUAUCCAUUCAGUGCCUGAAAGCCCAGCCACAACAGAACAGAACACUCGGGCGCGCCAAGUGGGGAAAUUCUAUAAAAAAGAUAGUGAAAAGCGCCAUUGAAAAAGUAAAGGGCCAUAAAAAUAUCAUUCGAAAUGGAUGCAUGCAACGACGAACUGUACACACUGGAGGCCGAUUUGAAGAACAAAUCGUUGCGGGAACUGACAGAUGGUGCCGAGAAGGACCCCAUAACUAAGUUGCGUCUGCUCUGCCUCAGUCGAGGUGCAACAGGCAUUCUGGGACUGGGCAGAGCUUUUCGCGCCAUGGACGAUGAUGGCAGCAAGGCCCUUAACGAGGAGGAGUUCAUCACUGGCAUUCACGACACUGGCUUGGACGUGACUGAUGACGAGAUUCGUGAGAUGUUCAAAACCUUCGACGAGGAUGGCAGCGGCUCCAUCAACAUGACUGAGUUUCUGCUCAAGCUGCGCCCAAAAAUGUCUCAGAGCCGAAUCAGUAUUAUCAACCAGGCCUUUGACAAAAUGGACAAGGAUGGCGAUAACGUAAUCACCAUACAGGAUCUGAAAAACGUAUACUCUGUGAAGGAGAAUCCAUUGUUUAGAAGUGGCGAGAGGACCGAGGAUGAAAUACUGACAGAGUUCCUGCACAACUUCGAGGGCGGACGCGGUAAUUUGGAUGGCAAGAUCACACGGGAGGAGUUCGAGAACUACUAUGCCACCAUUAGCGCUUCAAUUGACCAUGACGGGUACUUCGAUCUGAUGAUGCGCCGUGCCUAUGCCAUGUCCUAAAGCAAAUACUAAGUCGGAGAGCUUAACGUAUUUUUCAAUCACUAACCACCAUUUAGCAAUAGUUGUUUGUCAUUUGCGCACAUUUAUUUGAAACAAGGUGCUUGUUACACUUUAAACACAAUUUUCUUGUUGCAAUAAAACAAAAUUCAUGUACGAAUCUUCAAUGCCAGA